UCAUCAAUGCGCAUUAACUUUCAGAUUUUCAGCUGAUAGUGACACAUUUGAGCUAAGAAAAUAAAGUUUGUUGUUGUUUUUGUAUUUUAGUUAUUUGAGUGCGGAUAUGGAAGGCGGAAAUGGUGGGAGGCGUGGUGGAGGCCGUGGUCGCGGCGGCGGUCGAGGUCAACAAGGUCAAGGCGAACAAGGUUUUGCCGGCUCCGGUGGCCGGGGUGGACGUGGAGGCGGAUCUUACCGGGGAGGUGGGGAUCCGAGACCUCACCAGCAGGGUCCGGUGAAUCCGGUUGGCGGGGCUGCUUGGAGAGGACAGCAGCAGCCCGGUGGUAGUGGCGCGUGGGGUCCGCCACAGCGAGCACCGUUGCAGCAGUCUGGUGGCGGCGGUAGUGGCGCUCCCGCCUGGGGUGGGCCCCAGCGGGCACCGUUUCAGCCGCAGCAGCAACCGCAACCCGGUAGUGCUUGGGGUGGGGCACAUCGUCCCCAACUUCAGCAGAGCAGCGGUCCUGGCGUGGGUCCCACCAGAGGACCAAGGCCAUGGGGUCCAUCCAUGGUUUCUUCUCCUCCUCCUACUCAGCCUCAGUCUCAGUCUCAACCCCAACCAGCUGCUAUCCCUCCUGUACCUGUUGAGGCUGGCGUGAGGCAGUCAUCUCCUCCUAAAGGUUCCAAGAACAAGCUUGCACCAAUCAAAAGGCCAGGUGUUGGAACCGUUGCAACCAGGAAAAUCAAUCUGCUUGUUAACCAUUUUCCAGUUGCUUUCAAUCCAAAUUCAACCAUAUUCCACUACGAUGUGGAUGUCAAGCAAGUUAAAGUUGAGAAUGAGCCGACCAAGAAGACGAUUUUAAAAUCUGAUCUUGAAAUGAUCAAGAAACAACUGUUUGCUGAUAAUCCUGAUGAGUUUCCUGUGGACAUGACUGCUUAUGAUGGAGAGAAAAACAUUUUCAGUGCAGCUCAACUACCUACUGGAGAAUUCAAGGUGGUUUUGUCUGGAGAUGGUUCCAGGACUCGAACAUAUAUGUUCACCAUCAAGCAUGUUGCUGACCUAAAGCUUUCAAAGCUCAAGGAUUACUUGAGUGGAACCCUCUCUCACAUACCCCGUGAGAUUCUUCAGGCCAUGGAUUUGGUGAUGAAAGACAAUCCUUCAAGAACCAGGAUAUCUGUUGGGAAGUACUAUUUCUCCCGUGAUUACCGGCAAGAAGAUGAUCUUCACUAUGGUAUUGCAGCUCACAGAGGCUACCAACAUAGCCUGAAGCCGACCUCACAAGGUCUUGCUUUAUGUCUUGACUACUCGGUCUUGGCAUUUCGCAAGCCAUUGCCUGUCUUGGAGUUCCUUCGCGAAUAUAUUGGAGGUUUCAGAGUUGAUCAAUUUGAUAGAUUCAGGAAAGCGGUUGAAAAUGCUUUGAGUGGGUUGAAAGUACAUGUGACUCACCGCAAAAGCAAACAGAAAUACAUCAUAUCCAAAAUAACCCAGCAAAGGACACGAGACAUAACAUUUCCUGAUGGGGAUGAUCCAUCCAAAGUAUCCUAUCUUGUUGACUACUUCAGGGAUAGAUAUGGGAAGCAGGUUGCUUACCCAGAUAUUCCCUCUUUGGAUAUUGGGAGGGGCAGGUUUUUGCCUAUGGAGUUCUGUAUCUUAGUUGGAGGGCAAAUAUUUCCAAAGGAGAAUUUGGAUCGUGAUUCUGGCCUUUUCUUGAAGAAGCUAUCACUUCCUGGACCACAUAUAAGGCAGGCUGCAAUUAAUGAAAUGGUUCAGGCUCAGGAUGGACCUUGCGGGGAGGUAAGUAGAAACUUUGGAAUUGAAGUUGAUAUGCGCAUGACACCGGUUACAGGCCGAGUACUUCCUCCCCCUCAAGUGAAGCUUGGUGGUUCAAACAGGGUCCCUAUCAAUGACAAAUGCCAGUGGAACCUUGUUGGGAAAUCUGUUGUUAAUGGCACGCCAGUUGAGCGAUGGGCGUUGCUAGAUUUUACUUCUUCUGAUAGGAACAGGCUGAGGCCCCAGGAUUUUGUGGCCAACUUGAAACAGCGUUGCAGAAAUAUGGGGAUCCCCAUGGAAGAGCCCCUGGUUUAUCUCCCGGCUAGCAUGUAUGAUCUCAACUCUGUCAGCAAGGUUGAAAAUCUCUUUAAGCGUGUGGUUGAGGAAGCUAGAAGGAAAGCACAGGGAAAACUGCAAAUUAUCCUGUGUGCAAUGGCUGGGAAGCAUGCUGGCUACAAGUAUGUGAAGUGGGUUUCAGAGACACAGAUUGGGGUAGUGACACAAUGCUUCUUGACCACUGUUUUCAACAAAGGGCGUGACCAAGAUCUCGCUAAUCUGUGCAAGAAGAUUAAUGCUAAGCUGGGAGGUAGCAAUUUCGAGCUUGUUGAAAGGCUUCCUUUUCGUGGUCAAGAGCAUGUGAUGUUCAUUGGAGCUGAUGUCAAUCAUCCUGCUGCGCGGAACUUUUUGUGUCCAUCCAUAGCCGCGGUUGUUGCCACUGUCAAUUGGCCUGCAGCGAAUUGCUAUGCUGCUAGAGUGUGCCCGCAGAGUCACAGAACUGAAAGGAUUCUUAACUUUGGGAGCAUGUGUGCAGAUCUUGUUCGCACUUAUGCUGAGAUGAACUCUGUGAAACCUGCGAGAAUUGUGGUCUUCCGUGAUGGUGUAAGUGAGGGUCAGUUUGAUAUGGUGCUGAAUGAAGAGCUGAUUGAUCUGAUGAAGUCUGUUUAUGUUGAGGGAUAUAAGCCUCCGAUCACCCUGGUUGUUGCACAGAAGAGGCACAGCACCCGCCUGUUCCCCGAGAACAGGAGAGAUGGAGGAGCCACAGGCAAUGUGCCUCCUGGAACAGUUGUGGACACAAAGGUUGUCCAUCCUAGUGACUUUGAUUUUUAUCUGUGCAGUCACUAUGGAGGCCUUGGGACGAGCAAGCCGACGCACUACUAUGUUCUGUGGGACGAGAAUCGUUUCACCUCUGACAGCUUGCAGAAGCUGAUUUAUGACCUGUGCUUCACCUUCGCCCGCUGUGCCAAAGCUGUGUCCCUGGUCCCCCCGGUCUACUAUGCUGAUCUCGUCGCUUACAGGGGGCGCAUGUUCCAGGAGGUGGUCAAGGAGAGGGAACCAUCUGUCUCGCCGUUCACUGCUGCUUCUGCUGCUGCUGCAUCAUCGUCGUCGUCAUCAUCCUCUGCUGGAUUGUCAUUCCAACAGCAAUUCUACAACCUCCACCCAGACCUGAAAGACAUCAUGUUCUUUGUCUGAUGGGUGCGCCCAUCAGACACCAAUCGUGGGGUGGAGAUGGCCUGACCUUCCCAUUGCGCAUACAUGGUUUGUGCGUGAAUCUAAUGGGAUUCAUAGCUUAGGAAGGUGUGCUGUGUCUGGUGAAAGCUUUUCACCAGACACCUCUGUGUAGUUUUUGCUGUGUUUUGUUUUGUUGUUGUUCUUGUGGGCAGUACUGUUGGUUUGUACUGCAUUUGACAAUUGUUGUUUGUUGUUGUUGUGGGCAGUACUGUCGGUUUGUACUGCAUUUGACAAUUGUUGGUUUUUGUUGGCAGUACGGUUGUGUUUGUACUGCAUUGGAUUGUGGUUGUUUUUUUUUUUUUUUUGAGAAUAAAAUUGUGGUUGUUGUUGAAGGAUGUUGUGUUUUGUUUGUCCAGUGUUGGUGAACUGGACUUGUUUGUGUUGUUUUAUGAAUUUGGUUUUUGUGAUUGUGUGAAAUAAUUGUCUUUAAAUUGUGUCAGCUUUUUUAUUUGCCUAUCUUUCACUUUUAGAAAGAAUGGUGAAACCGCAGCAGCUUUAAUCUCCCAUUCUAACUAAGGGUGCAAUUACUGUUCAAGGGUGGUGCAUUCUGUGAGCAUUUUUUGUGCAGUGCCUGUGCCAAAUCUGCAUUUUUUCUCAAUGAGGAAGAAAAUGAUUUUUGAAAUAUUAUUAUUAUAAUUAUUAUUAUUAAUUCAAUGUUGCCAAUUGCCAAAUAAGCAAUGGUUUCUACAGGAAUCAUAACUACCUUUUAUACAUAGAGACUUGUACAGGCAUUUAAAGAUGCAGUGGGGCAGAAUCUCAGGCUCUUGAGAGAAUUGAGGUAAGUUCUUUUGCUGUCCUGGAAACCUUGGACAGUUUGUGAAGGUUAGUCAUUAGCUCCUUGUCUGAAGUUGUCAACUUACAAAUGUAUUCUGUAAAACGAAGAAGAAAAACUCGGUUUUUAAUCCGGUACUGCUAUUUCAUUUGAAGAGUGAAUGUGGGUGGAAUGAACUUUACUUGCCUGAAUUCUUUGCGAGACCAAGUAAUGAAUAUGAGGAGAGGAGUCUUUCUUCAAGGGAGUUUUUAUGGUUUAAGAGUUGGGUGAGCAGAGGGACUAGGAUUGAGGAUGCUGCAGAUUGAAGGCUUGUGUCUUCAAUGGAAUGGAAGAAAUUGCUCAUCCAAGAAACAGUUACCAGGCUUGCUCUGGCUAAGCAAGGGAUCCCAUUGGCUAUGGAAUCCACAAGUGCUGCCACCAGUCUCUGGUUUCCAUUGGUGAGCAGCACCAUUGCUGUUUUCCUCUGCCAUGCUUCCAUCAACUCAUCACAUUUGUUCUGAGAACCAAAAAGAUCAGUGAGCUUGAACAUUUUCCACAAAAACAUUGUGUUAGGAUCAAGCGUUUAACACUACGCCAAAAACUAUAACUAGUAGCGAAGAGUCAUGGUAUUGGACUUGGCCCUUUAGGCUUCUGCCCAACAUUCUCCUAGCCACCUGGUGCUAGACUUGGCCCUUCAGGCCCUCGCCCAACAAUCCCCUAGCUAUUAGUGCUGGACUUGACCCUUCAGGCCUUUGCGGCUCUACCCAAAA